AUGGCGACCGCGCGCGCGCCCACGCGAGCGGAGGUUUCGGAGGCGUUGCGAGAGCUCGCGUCGCUGGCGGGCGUGGACGUGCGGGCGGACGUGCACGAAGCGGUGUUGGAGCUGUGUCGAAGACGCGUCGUGCCCACGGCGACGGCGCAGGUGUUGCGCUCGCUCGCGUCCAAGGCGCAAGGACGCGCCCGGAGCGCUCGUGGAGACGACGGAUGCGUGAAAGAUGGAUGCCGACGCGACCGUUGA